AUGCCAUCCUACACAUCUGUCCACCUCAAGGAGAGGCCGCAGGAUGCUAUCAUCGCAGGCAAGACCUUCGAGACAAAGCAGCAAUCGGUGCCUUCAGCAGGCGACCUCCAGAACGGCGAGGUCCUCUUCCAGACGCUCUACCUGAGUUUAGAUCCCGCCAUGCGCGGCUGGCUGAACCCCACGCGAUCCUACAUCCCGCCCGUCAAGAUCGGUGCUGUGAUGCGCGGCAGCGGUAUCGGUCUGAUUGUUGCGUCGAAGAGUAAGAAGUUCCCCGUGGGCACGUACGCGAGUGGCAUGUGCGGGUGGUCCGAGUAUGCAGUCCUGAACGAGAAGGACGUUGAGCUCCUGGAUCUGCCACAUGGUGCUGUGCCGACAGACGCGCUGGGUUGCUUGGGUAUGACCGGCUUGACGGCGUACUUCGGUAUCAUGGAGGUCGGUCAGGUCAAGGCUGGUGACUUCGUUGUGGUGUCUGGCGCCGCUGGCGCAACAGGCAGCGUUGUUGGCCAGAUUGCAAAGCUGAAGGGCGCGAAGGUGCUUGGUCUUGCUGGUGAGGACAGCAAGGUGUCUUGGCUGAAGGAAGAGCUAGGUUUCGAUGAGGCACUGAACUACAAAGACCCACAGUUCAAGGACAAGUUCAGGGCAGCAACGAAGGGUCUCAUCGACGUCUACUUUGACAACGUCGGUGGAGAGAUCCUCGAUAUGGCACUCGCACGGGCAAAGCCGUUCGCCCGCUUCGUAAUGUGUGGUGCUAUCAGCGAGUACAACAAGAAGAAGCCUCAAGGUCCUACAAACUACCUCAUGAUCAUCUCCAUGCGCAUCCGCAUGCAGGGCUUUGUUGUUUUUGAUUACGCGGACAAGUAUGCUGCUGCGAGAAAAGAGCUCGCUCAAUGGCUGUCGGAGGGCAAGUUGAAGAGGAAAGAGACAGUCAUCAAAGGCGGUAUCUCGCAAGCAGAGAGUGCGCUAGUAGGGCUGUUCGAGGGCAAGAACACAGGCAAGCAAUUUCUAUUCGAAUCAAGUUCCAAUACUGACUUCCACAGGAAAAACCAUGGUCGAGGUUGCGAAGCCUGAGGAGGUAAAGUCCAAACUAUGA